CCACCGGAAGUACAAUAGAAGAGAAAUGACGGAAAUGACGCAAUGGUUACUGUUUAGCAUGUCUAGUGUUCGGGUUUCAGAGUGAUUGUUUUUGAAGAAAUCUGCUAACAAGUUAAAAAAAGAAAAAGAAAAAACGAUCGUCCGGCAUGAGAAGGAGACCAGCCGUCAGCUCAGACUGCUGGACAUCAGCUGGAAACCCGACAUAAAGCCACACAUUACAGUCCUCCCACAUCAACAUGAAUUGUGAGGAAGAGGAGGGUGUGGAUGAUCAGCAGGUCUGUAACCAGGAGAGGAAUUCCAGUCUGGACCAAAAUGACCCAGAGCCUCCACAGAUUAAAGAGGAACAGGAGGAAGUCUGCACCGGUCAGGAGGCCGAAGGCAUCAUCGUCUGGACCGGAAAAGAGCGGCUCAGACUGCUGGAUACCAUUUGGAAACCUGAAAUAAAGCUACACAGAAUAGACCUCCACCAGCAGGAUAUCGGUAAGGAAGAAGAAGUUGUCACAGAUCAGCAGGUCUGUAACCAAGAGAGGAACUCCAAUCUAGACCAGGAGGAUCCAGAACCUCUGCAGAUUAAAGAAGAACAGGAGGAAAUCUGCAUCAGUCAUGAGGAAGAACCGCUUGUAUUGAAGGAGGAGACUGAGACCUUUAUGGCUGCUUCUACUUACGAGGAAUGUAAAUCAGAACCAAACAGUGACCAGUUCCUUUUUCACAACUCUCCUGACCCAGAGAGCCUAGAACAAGAAGAAAGCGAGCAUGUGGACUUAGCAUCAAGUAAAAAAUUAUUAAAAUGUGACACUUGUGGAAAAUUUUUUCAGUAUCAGUCCAAACUUAAUAGACAUCUGAGAGCUCACACAGGUGAGAAGCCAUAUUUUUGUGUCACAUGUGGGAAGAGAUUUAGUCAGAUGAUACACUUAAGAAAGCACAUCAGAAUUCACACAGGUGAGAAGCCUCAUCCUUGUAGCAUCUGUGGAAAUAAGUUUAAUGACAUGUCAGCAUUCAAAUCACACAUGAGAAUUCAUACCGGUGAAAGACCAUAUUCUUGUAGCACCUGUGGGAAAAGUUUUAGCCAAAUGAUACACUUGAAAAUUCACAUGAGAGUUCACACAGGCGAAAAGCCGUAUUCUUGUGAUAUGUGUGAUAAAAGAUUCACUAAUUUGAUAAACUUGAAAACACACAUAAGAAUUCACACAGGAGAGAAACCACAUUCUUGUAACAUCUGUGGGAAAACCUUUCGUCAGAAUUCGACGUUGCAAACUCAUCUAAGAAUCCACACAGGUGCGAAACCAUAUUCUUGUAGCACCUGUGGAAAAAGAUUUAGUCAUAUUAAAAACCUGACAACUCACUCAAGAAUUCACACAGGUGAGAAGCCAUAUACUUGUAGCACCUGUGGGAAAAAUUUCGGUCAGUUGACUCAUUUAAAAAGUCACAUGAGAAUUCAUACUACCUUACAAAAUGUGGCAGAGUAGGAGUGUGUGACUGUUAGAAUGCAUAGUGAGGAAAAUCACACCUACCCCUGAGGGGAAAAAAAGAUGACCUUAUAUUCUGGUCAGUAUGGAAUAGCUUUUAAUAAUAGUCAUUCAAGUUGGCUGUGUUUUUGUUCUGAUGUAAUUGGAAGCCCAGUUUUAUAAAGGGUCUCAAAUAAGCCAGUUUUUAGAACAUUUCAUACUGAACUAUCUUCAAUAUGUAUUAACAUUUCACUGUAGAAAUUUUAAACCUGUAUAACCAGUCCUGUGAAAUUUUAGCUUCAUAUAUUAAACAAAAACAAAACAAAGUUAUAUGUUUUAAGUUACUUUCAAAACUUAAAUGGUUUCUAACUAAGUCGUAAAGUGAUAAUAUUCUAUUUUCAUUCAGCUUUCAAGCAUUUGAGCAAAUACGAUAAAUGUUUUAACGAAAACAAAAAUAUCCGUAAAGAGUUUAAUCUGAAUAGAACAAGUUUCUAGAUGGUUGUGUAAUUACAACUCAGAAAAUAAUUUCAUUAGAUAUUUGCAUGUUUCUCCUAGGACCUGCCGUCCACAUAUGUGGACAUCACAUUUUGGGUUAUUUAGACCAAAAUACUAAAUUUUGCUCAACAAUGGCCUGAUAUCCACUAACGAGGACAUUAUACUGCUACUGUUCUAUCGAAAUUUUAAACAAAUAUCCUCAUAUGUGGCUCUCAUUUUUCUUAGAAACAAAAAUCAGGUAAAAAAAAAAAUCUGGUAAUUCUUUGUUUUUACAUUCAUCAGGUCCCAAUAUGCCCCGAUAUCAAAGAGAAAUUAAAAAUGCAUGCCGUGGAAGAGUUUGGGUCUUAGGAGGUUAAUCAAAUCAUUAAAUCUGAUUUUUAUCAAAACAGAAAGUUUCUGUUGAGCCUUCUCCAAUUUACAUAACAAUGUUAUGUUUCAAAGUGUGGGCAUAUUUUCCCUCUUUUCAUAUUUUAACAAGAAUUAUCAGAGUUGUCCAAAAGCAGUAUUUUUUUCCUCUUCUGCCUGUCAGCUUAGACAUUGUCAUAUUAUAAUAUACUAUGUUAAUCUAAUAACUGAAAUAACACAAAUAAAAUGAUGAAAUAAGCCAAUAAAAGAAACAUAAACAAGAGGAGCCUAUAGAGACUUCAUGGAAUGUAUCUUGGAAAAGCUACAUAUGUUUGGCACAAAAGUGAUUUUUACACCAUAAUUCGUAUUUUAAAAGCUGAUUGACUGGACAGGAUUUAAUUUCUUAAAAAGCAUCAAAUUAAAUUUCUAUAAAAACAAAAAGUUUCUGUUGAACCUUUUCUAAUUUGAAUAAAAAUGUUCAGAGUUGUGUAAGCAGUAGGACUCAAAAUGGUAGGUAGGGUAGAGUAGGGGGGGAAAAGGGCUGAAAGUGGGUCAUUGGACCAUUUAAAAAAAACAAAAAAAAAACCUAUUCAAUAUAUGAAACUAAAAUUUCACGGCAAUCAGUAUAAAUGUUUAAAAUUUCUACUGUAAAAUUUUUAUGCAAAUCUGAGAUGGGCUAGCAGAAGUCUUUGUUGAUUUGACACAGACUUACCCAGAAGUCAACAAGUAACAUUUAUUUUUUAGUUUAUGAAUAGCAGGUUUACUCUUCAGCUUCAGAAGCUUUUAUAAGUGCUUUGAAGUCUGCCAUGGAGACAAAGUUCCAGCUUGAAUAUGCUCUGAAGGUUAUUUCAUCACCGAGAUGGAAAAAAAGAAAAUAUUAUUCUACUAAUUUCAUCCUAGUUUUAAAUAUGUUUUAGUUUGAUAUUUUUAUUAGCCACUAAACAGGUUACACUACAUAAGAUUAAAAACUGACAAAGAUCAAGAAACACAUGACAUAUUUUUUUUAUGAACAUUAGUUAUUUUGUGGUGAUAUUUAUUUUAAUGAAGACUAAACUUGAUUUUUAUCCUGUCCUGUAUAUUUAAUCUCUCGCACUGUUUCUUUGUGAUGUGGGUCAUUUAUUGUAAGAUGUCAACACAAUCUAAUUAAAACUUGUGUCGAAUAA